AUGGCCCAACCAGACGGGGCCCAAACUUUUCGUCGGUUCCUUGCUGGCCUGCCGAGGGCCAGUGAUUUUAAGUUUACCAAUGAGGUGCGCUCUUUGCUUCGUCAGACAUUGAACGAAAUGGCGGGCCUUAGCGAAGAAGAGCUGAAAAUUGAUCCCGAAAUACACAACCAUUUCGAUAGACCGUGCGGCCGCAAGUUCCAGCGUGGUGAAGCGUGCUACAGAUGUCUUACGUGUGGGUUUGAUGAGACCUGCGCUCUGUGCUCGUACUGUUUCCAGCCGCAAUUCCACAAAGAUCACCAAGUCCACAAGGGAAUUAUUCAGAGGGAGUCGAACGGCUGUUGCGACUGCGGAGACCCAGAGGCGUACGGAAACGUCCAUUGCAAUUACUUUACCACGCAAUUGAUGGCUCAGACACCCUCGCCUCCCGAGUUUGGAAACACCAUCAACGUGGCUCUGGAUUAUAUCUUGGACGUCAUGAUCCACUCCUAUCCAUGUAUCCUGCCUCCAAAAACAAGAUUGGACAUUCUACACUGGUCCGAGCUGUCUGAACUCGACCCACAAUUGUACGGCGUCAAGGAUGAAAACUCAUACAAGUUUGCCUUGGUGCUGUACAACGACCAGGUCCACCAAUAUAGAGACGCUGUCCAACGAGUCAGGUUUGCCACAGGAAAGGUUACAGAAUUUGCAAACAUGAUUGUGGCCAAAUGCAACUCGUUUGGAAAGGCAAUCGUGAUGGUUUCGAAUGACAUUGACUUUCUGCUCAAGAAACAAUCGCUACUUACCUCAACAGGGCUAACAGCAUGCAUCCGCAGCUGUAGGGACGUUUUCAAGGAGAACGUCUGCGACGAAAUGAUUCUCUGGAUCUCAGACCUAACGAACUCUAUGGUGGUCAAAAACAACAAAAAUUACCAAGGGACAAUAUGCCAGGCUUUCCUAAGCAGAUACAACAGAGGGUAUAAAGAUUUACCCAUACUUGUCCACGACUUGAAGAAUAGCGAAUAUAGCCACAACCGUGAAAAUUACGACGUUGCGCUACCAAGAGAAACACUCCUGUAUUACAAGUACCAGAUCAACUUCAACCCGGUGAAAUACGAAUGGGACAUAUCACCCGAUUUACUGAAACAAUGUCAGUACUCAAACCUCUCGCUUCUGGGAAGCGGGAACAAGUACGUUCAUUUCGAAGGCUCACGCUUCCAGUAUUUGGCGUACUUUGAUAUUCGGUUCUGCAAGACAAUCAGAACUAAAUUGCACGAUGUUUACGUUUCUGUCAUUCUUAACGACCUGAAAUUCAAGCCUCUGCUCACCGCACAAUAUGUCGACAUCUACAUCGACCUAACAACAAUGUUCCUGACUCUUGACAGAGAACCAGAAUCUUCCCUGGUUCCUGUGAUAUCAACACAGGUGUACACGAAUCCGUCCAGCUGCACCGCCAUCGUGGAGCAUGGAGAUAUGUGCAAAAUGCUGGAAAUGAUGGACUAUUACCUAAGAACAGGAUUUACAAGAGACGUUGCAUCACCAUACUCCUCUAACAAACACGGUUUGCUAUACUUUUCAUUAAAGAAUCGAAAAUGGGGUCACAUAUUCCUCGAUAUGACCUACAUCAUCAGCAGAAAUCAGAUAAAUGACAACUUGUUCUACUACUUGCCAUACUUUAGCAAGAUUUUGGAUGUGCUGGACAUUUUCCAAGGUAAACCAACAAUAAAACGAGAAGCAACAACACACGUGGAAUACGAAUUAACAGACUAUGGGCUGUACUUCAAUGGAAUGUCGGUGAUUUCCCAUUUUCUGGAAAACAUCUCCAAAUCUAUCAGCAAAGCACAAUCCAGCCAGAUUUGCUCUCAGUUAGUUAGACUUACAAUCAACAAGCUGAUCCAGUCUGUGUUUAUGCCUUCGCGAUCUUUUGUUGACGCCGACUCAGGGCCAAAUAAGGUGGUGGAGAACCAGGAACCGCCAAUUGAGUUCCAAACACUUGAACUCAACAACAUCUCCACAAGAAUCGUCAAGUUCGAUGUUCUCAGCGAGAAAGUUAGUUUCUUGCACCCUCUACACUCGUUCUUGUCUUGGUGUAUUGAGAUGAGUCCUGCUACAGCAACGGAGGAUUUGUUACGCUAUCUCGUUGAGUGUGUCGACGAAAUACCGUUUUCUUUCGCAGACGGUUCGUCAAACGUCUUGAUGAAAGGAGACUAUGUGAAGGGAAUUUUUGACAUUCCCAUCCGAACUUUCGUUUUACUGUCUCAGAUUAAGACCGGUCUUUGGGUAAGAAACGGUCUCAGCAUCAGAAACCAAAUGUACAUAUACAAAAACUCCGGAAUCAGAGAGUUUGGAUAUUUCCGAGACCUAUUUCUUGUCCAACUAUUCUGCUCUCUGGAAACAACAGACGUGAGCGUCCCCACACUUAUUGACAGAUGGAAUCUUGUCGAUUGGUGCCAAGGGGUCUAUACCAGCUCACCAUACACAGCAACGCAUUUACAUGAAAUGGCAGAGGAGUUCAUUUUGUUCUUGAUCAACAUACUGACAGAAGAUCUCCAUCUUCACAACAAGAGCGCUACUGAGAUCCCUGAUCUCAGAAUCAGAAAAGAAAUCAUCCAGACUUUAUGUUUCAAGCCGGUGAGUUACAGCAAGAUUACAUCCGAAAUCUCUGAGCACAUCACAUCGGAAAAACGGUUCUUCUUGGUGUUCAACCAGUGUGUGGACGAAAUUCCACGCAAGAAGGUUUCAAAUAUCAUGAAGGAGGCAAAGACAUACAAACUAAAAGAAGAGUUGUAUGACGAAGUGGAUCCCUACUAUCUUCAUUACACAUCCAACAAACGUGAAGACUGUCUUAAAGUGCUGAAGGAGAGAAUCCACAACAUUACCAAAGUUCCGUUGAGUGACGUUUGCGUGCCUCCAAAAAACAUCAAUUGGGACGACGGGAAGUUCAAAUUUUUGACAAAAAUAACCUGUUGCACCCACUUCAUCUCCAUUUUGGAAAGCUCGCUUCUUUACUGCCACGAGUCAGUGGCCAAGGGCGAAAAUUCUGUUGACACAUUGCUAGACUUUACAUUGCAUUUGAUCCAUGUUGCUGUCAAGCUUCCAAACGGACCGGAAUUCAUUUCUUUCUACUUACGGAACUCUCAGGUUUCCAAUCUCAUCUACGCUUUCCUGCUUAAGGAACCGUUCAGAGGUUUUUACGCCAAGGCGAGAGCCAUUUUGAAGAUCAUAUGCGAUCACUUCGACAACAACGAGCAAGUGCUUUCCGAGUUGAUGGAUAACUUUGACUCGUCUCGGAUCCAGCCUUCUCCGCCAUUGGACGAGAUGGCCUCUGACAAGAAGAAGAGAUUAGGCAAGAAGAAGAGGAGCCAAAUUUUGGCGAAGUUCAAGAAACAACAGCAGAAGUUUGCCGAAAACUACAACUUUGACGCCGUGGACAUGAUGGACAUUGACGAGUACGAUUCCAAUGAAGAAGACAACAGCUGGCAGUAUCCGCACGAACGAUGUAUUCUUUGCCAGAUGAACGCCAACUACGAAAACGAGCCAUUUGGAAUCAUCAGUUAUGUUUCGCAGAGCAACGAGUUCAGAUCUGUCCCAUUCCAGAACAAGUAUUGGUUCUACAAAGCUUUCUCUGGGAAUGCCAAUCUGGAUGAGGCUGAGAUUGAAAAAAAAUCUGCUCUUGCUGCGUACUUGCGCAACGUUGAAGAGGAGGUUGUUUAUGGUCCAGGGUUCCCAAGCAACGAGGAGGCUUGUAACGAGAACCAUGCUGUUUUCAACAGUUGUUGUCAUGGAAUGCACUUUUCUUGUUACCUGAACUUCCUCAAGUCUGUCAAGACUCGCCAGGUUUCCCAGAUUACCAGAACUGUUCCCGAAGACAUUUCUCGUCAAGAGUUUUUGUGCCCGCUUUGCAAAGCUGUGAAUAACAUCUUCAUUCCAAUCUACUACACUUCCAACAAAGAAGACCUGAACGACAAGCUCAAAUCACACGCCAAGUCUAUACUUGAUCCAAACCUUUCAAAUGAUUUGAAGGCUAGCGAGGGAAGACUAGCAGAAAUCAAGACGUCGUUGAUCAGCCGUGUGAAGGCAAACGUCAAACCAGAGUACUGGUUUGUCAACGACGAGGACAUGUCUGUGCAGGCCAACUCCAAGUCAUUUUUGGCCUUGAACCACACUCUUACAGGGUUUGCUGUGCUGACUUCGCCAUUUGAUGGGGUGAGUGCCAUUUUGACCAAAACCAUCGAGUCGAUUGAGGUUUCGCUCAGGGGCGUUUACUACGACCCGGGAGCGUUGCAACUACUCAUUUACGAGAUACCCAACCAGGCUCUGACGUCGCUUCGUGUGUGGAACCAGUUUCGUGACUUGAUCAGAAACGCAGAAACGUCGACAUCCACAGCGACUCAUUACCGCAGCUUUGUGUCGUACCCAGAACGGCUGAUUGGUCUUUGGCGCAACAUUGAGCGUGACGACGAUUUGCUCUACGAAGGAGAAGACUACUUCAAGCUACUGGUUGGCGCCGAGGAGGUGCCAAGUAUUGGAAUGGACUUUAGCAAACUGCUGCAUCUGUGUUAUUUGAAACAUAUCAAGCAGAGUCUGUUGAUUUUGCUCAGCAAGCUAGAGAACGCUACUUGUAGCGACAACAGCCUGAUUGUGGAUCUGGCCGAUCUUCCGUACGACUCGCCCAAGCUUGACGAGAUAGUACGGGCGUUCUCUGCGUCGAGGCCAGCCCAAGUCGGCAAACUUAUCUACUCGAUGCUGGUCAGACUCGUGACGCCUUUCUUGCGGAAAUCGCUGAUCUAUGCAUUUGUGCGGUUCUCUGUUGUCACUCCAGGAAGACUGCCCGAUCUGACGCAGUUCUCUCUGGAAUGCGACAAGCUUUGUGCUGUGAUGAAUCUGCCCACACUGUACGACGUUCUUGAGGCCAUGCCGUUGAACGAGUUCCGUGUGAGCCCAGAGGCAAAGGCCAUGAUGUUCCAGGCUAGAGUGCCAUUUCCGUCGCAGGUGAAGCUGAUCUCGCUCCCGCUGCGACUCAACAAGUUCUUCAGCCUGUACUACAACAAACUGGCCGUGAAGCCAGCCGAUCCGGCCAUCUGUCUCUUCUGUGCCAAAUCGGUGAACUUACAGCUGCAGAACUAUGGCGACCAAUUGGGAUCGUGCAAUAUCCAUGUGAAGUGGGAGUGCAUCAACGCCGAGUUCGGCAUCUUCUUCAUCCCCAAGAGCAACUGCAUUUUGCUCCUGAACAAGGGCAAGGGCUCUUUCUUUGAGAGCCCGUACCUGGACGACUACGGAGAAGCGGACGAGGACUCGAAGAAGGGCCACGACCUGACGCUGUGCAAGGAGAAGUACGACGAAUUUAUCCGGACCGUGUGGCUGCAACACAACAUCCCGAACCAAAUAGCGCGGAAGCUGGAGGGCCAGAUCGAUUGCGGGGGCUGGGAGACACUAUGA